CGGUUCGGUCUCGGCACGUGGCCAUGACAUGAUGAUGUGACGUGAGUGCUGCUUUUCGCUGAGAAACCAUGUGAAAGAAACGGCGGGGGAACGUGGAGCUGCGGUUCGGCGUGUGUGACUGUGUGUGUGUCGCAAGGAAACGGAUGUUGCGGGCGGCGAACUCCAGACUAAGUGGUAGAAGACGAACAUCGACUCGCGUGGACAGACUCGUCCGUGCGACAGUCAAGGGGUGUGUGUGAGUGUGUGACGAGAAGGAGGAUAGGUCUGAUUUGAUUUGUGUGUGUGUGUGUGUGGAGCGAAGAGGGAGUGUGUGUUCAUCCAGCUCAGCUGUGUUGCCGAGUCGAACGGCUCCAUCAUGGCAGCACCAGGCGGUGGAGAGGCUGGGCGGCCCGGCCGUGUCCCGACCCCAGCAGCAGGCAGUGCCGGUGGCGUGGCCGUGGGCAACCUGGUGGGCCGCAGACUGCCGGCCACACUCUCCCCUGGCCGCCUACCCUCCAUACGAUCGCGGGACCUCACCCUGGGGGGGGUCCGGAAGAAAACCUUCACCCCGAACAUCAUUGGCCGAAAAAUUAAGGAAGAGCAAAAGACAGAGUCGGGUCCGAGGCGGGACAGAAAGGAGACUGAUCGUGGCCGUCAGCGAGAUGGCCGUGGCCGUGGCAGGGGGCGUCCUGAGGUCAUCCAGUCGCACUCCAUUUUUGAACAGGGACCUGCAGAGGCGAUGAUGAAAAAAAGGGGUGGGUGGGAUGGGGAGAGAGAGACCCCCAACACGGGCCCUUCUCCCAUCAUCAACAUUAAGAAGGAGAAGCGGGAGACUGAGGAGGAGACCAAGGAGAUACUUCGCAUGCUAGAGAGGGACAAUUUCCUGGAUGACCCUCACUUGCACAGUGACAUGAGAAGUUGUCCUGUUCAGCUGCCCCUGGCUGUGUCUGGAUGGACCUUCAAGGAGGAGCUGAGCGAGGACACACGGAAGCGGAGCCUUAAACUGGAGGGCAUAAAGAAGGAAGAGGAGGUGGAGGGCAUGGAAGUGGAUGAGGAAGCAACCAGAAUAAAAGACGAGCCGGCCCGUGUGCAGGAAGCGAAGACGGGGGAGCGCGCCUUUAAGCCCCCGCCGCUCCCAGAGCCCCAGUCACUGCCGGAGCUGCUGGAUACCUUCAGCCGAUGCAAAGAGGAGGAACUGCUCUUUGUGCAACUUCCAGAUUCGUUGCCAGGGCAGCCACCCACAAUUGAAAGCAGGCCGGUCAAGACGGAGGUGCAGUCUGCAGAUGGCCAGUCAGUGCUUUUGAAAACUGAAAACAGUCAGGAGGAUCAACAGGAGGACAACAGCUGCUGUCUGAAAGACCUACACGAGGGCCUAGUGGGCCGGCUGCUCGUGCGGAAGUCUGGCCGGGUGCAGCUCAUCCUGGGACAGAUCACUCUGGACCUUGCACUGGGGACGCCUUGCUCUUUUCUGCAGGAGCUGGUGGCUGUGGCGACAGAGGGCAGGAUCGGUGACCUUACUGUUUUGGGCCAUAUCAAACACAAACUGGUCUGUUCGCCAGACUUUCAAGCCCUGCUGGAGAACAGGGUGUGAGAAGAUUUGGAGCACCACUGUGCAUGCUGCUCAGUGGGGGUUGGACAUGAUGACCCAUAGUAACCCCCACUGUAUAAUUCCUACCACAAUUUUUAUGGGUGCUUUGACUUCCUAGAAUUCAAACAAGGGAACGUGAUUUGCUGCUUUACAUUUUUCAUAAGGGGUGAGCAUUCAGACAGCUGAGAUAAUACUGACUGACACAAUAAGUGUCACAUGAACAGUGUCUUUAAUUUCUAUUGUGGUAAAACAUCGCCGUAUUGCUUAGUGGAGCUCUCUCAGCACUCAUCUAAAAAUUAAAUUAGGGCUAACAAUAUUGUGCAAAUGUUUUUUUUAUUGCUUUAUAUGUGCAGGACAUGUUGAUGUCUUGUAUGGUAGGGAGAUGUGCAUUGUGUAACCUUGAUCAGGCUUUUUUCCUUCCUUCCUAGUGGAAAAAAUUAGUUCCUUUUGCCUGUAAGACUACUUGUGGGAAAGAUGAUGUAUACAAAUGAGUGCCUAACAUUGCACAUAGCGUCCUUGAUCUACGUUCUCAAGCUCCUUGCCUCCAUAUACAAUCCCUGUUUGUUGACUUGACGGUGAAAAGGAUGCUGUGGAGGUGGUUCAAAAUGCAAUCUGCACAACGAGCUCUGGUGCAAAUGUAAAUAAGGUAUAAGACACACACUUUGAAUAUAGCUGUAUUGUUAAUGCCAGUGCCAUUCUUUUAAUUUCACUGACCUCAGCCCUGGGCAAGGGCUUCAUCACUAUGGACCCCCAUCUCACUUGUUCUCAUUGGUGCAGGACAGGAACCUUUGAUGGUAUAAUUGAUGCAAAAUUGAAACUGCUGCGUUCAAAUCAAAGAUGUAGCCCUUUUUUUUUUU